CGAGAAUUUUUCUACUUAAAAAAAGCUAAAGAGUAGAAUUAAAAGAAUUUUAAAUGACAAAUAUAACUUGGGUCAAUAAUUAGAAAAGGUGAUUUUUUAUUCAUGCUCGAUGUUUUGAAGCAUCAUCAUAACUAUAAAUAAAAGUUAGGAGUUGGGAUCAAAUCUAUGAUGGUUGAUUAGAAUACAAAAUAUUAAUAAAAUCGUACUUUUUAUCUAAUUCGUAAUGAUGAUACUAGAGCUGAUUUUAGUUAUGAAAAAUGUCUAAAAAAAUAAACAAACAUGACAUUUUUUAAAAAGCAUGUAGAGUAGCAAUUGAGCUUGAUAUAUCUGAAUUUAAACAAAAAUUCUUUUUAGAAUAAAAUUAAUAACCAUAAGUAUUGUGUUCUAUAAGAGGUGAACCAAUUAGUUUAAUAAAUUGUGAAGUAGAUCAUAAAUCACCUAAUACUUUUGUUAAAUUAAUUGAUGAUUUUAUUGAAGAAAAUUAGAUUAAUGUUGAUGAUAUAAAGUUUGAUGGUGAGGAAGAUACCAAGUCAAACAUAAAUUAAAUGA